UCCCUCCUUCAAUGCUAAGCCAAAGCCCAAUCCCCAAAACCAAAAACACCCAUAUAUCCUCUUCUAGUUCUAAGUCUCAUGUCUCUUUCUCCUUAACAACCCUCUUCUCUUCUUCCUCUCUGCUAUAUUAAACACCAAUAAAAUUUUGAAUAUAUAAGAAAAACUACUAGCCCAUUUGCUAAGCAAGUUUAGGUAACUGAUAGCUACCUUAAACUCCAAUCAUAUCCUUCCUUUUACAACAUAUCUCCGCAUGGGUUCUUGCACUUUGAGUGUUUCCCUCAUGAAAUAAACUACCCAACCAUCCAUACCCUUCAACACACAAACAAAACUAUUCUCUGGUGAGGUUGCUAGCUGGCUUGGUUGUGUGGGUGUUGGCUGGUUCUGCUGCCGUCUGAAAUUAAUAAAAUGCAGCUUCAUAUAUCUCCAAGUCUGAGGCAUGUAACAGUUCUUCCAGGGAAAGGUGUUAGAGAAUUUAUCAAAGUGAAUGUUGGAGGUAAAAGGGUUUCCUAUCGAAUGCUCUUCUAUUCUCUUCUCUUCUUCACUUUUCUUCUUCGCUUUGUGUUCGUCUUGUCCACUAUCGACACCAUUGAUGGAGAAACCAAGUGCUCUACUCUUGGUUGCUUGGGGAAAAGACUAGGGCCAAGGAUAUUGGGAAGAAGGCUUGACUCAGUCCCAGAAGUUAUAUACCAAGUACUAAAAGAACCCCUUGGCCAAGAUGAUUUAAAAGGAAGAAAUGAUAUUCCCCAAACAUUGGAUGAGUUCAUGGCAGAAGUGAAGGACGCCAAAUUAGAUGCAAAAACUUUUGCCCUCAAGCUCAGGGAAAUGGUGACCCUGCUCGAACAAAGGACAAGAACAGCCAAAAUCCAAGAAUAUCUAUACCGGCAUGUAGCAUCAAGCAGCAUACCAAAACAGCUACACUGCCUUGCUCUAAGGUUAGCCAAUGAGCACUCUACCAAUGCAGCCGCCCGCCUUCAACUCCCAACGCCAGAACUUGUCCCUGCCCUCGUCGACAACUCAUACUUCCACUUUGUCCUCGCCUCAGACAACGUUCUUGCCGCCGCUGUUGUCGCCAAUUCGCUCGUCCAAAAUGCGUUACGGCCCCAAAAAUUUGUACUUCAUAUAAUAACCGAUAGGAAAACUUAUUCACCUAUGCAAGCUUGGUUCUCCUUGCACCCUUUCUCCCCUGCAAUAAUUGAGGUCAAGGCAUUGCAUCAUUUCGAUUGGUUUACAAAGGGUAAAGUUCCGGUUCUUGAAGCUAUGGAGAAAGAUCAAAGAGUAAGGUUACAGUUCAGAGGAGGCUCUUCAGCAAUUGUUGCAAAUAAUACUGAAAAGCCUGUUGUUAUCGCGGCUAAGCUUCAAGCACUUAGCCCCAAGUACAAUUCAGUGAUGAAUCACAUCCGAAUUCAUCUUCCAGAGUUGUUCCCAAGUCUGAACAAGGUGGUGUUUCUUGACGAUGAUAUAGUAGUGCAAACCGAUCUUUCGCCUCUUUGGGACGUUGACCUGAAUCGAAAGGUCAAUGGGGCUGUAGAAACCUGCAGAGGAGAAGAUAAAUUUGUCAUGUCAAAGCGAUUCAAGAGCUAUUUGAAUUUCUCUCAUCCUUUGAUAGCUAAUAAUUUCGAUCCCAAUGAGUGUGCUUGGGCGUACGGUAUGAACAUUUUCGAUUUAGAGGCUUGGAGGAAGACCAACAUAAGCCUCACAUACCAUUACUGGGUUGAACAGAACUUGAAAUCAGAUCUCAGCUUGUGGCAGCUAGGAACAUUACCACCAGGGCUAAUAGCAUUCCAUGGUCACGUCCACGUUAUUGAUCCUUUCUGGCAUAUGCUAGGUCUAGGAUACCAAGAUAAUACAAGUGUAGCUGAUGCUAAGAGUGCUGGCGUCAUCCAUUUCAAUGGCAGAGCAAAGCCAUGGCUAGAUAUUGCAUUCCCUCAGCUCCGGCCAUUGUGGGCUAAGUACAUCAACUUCUCUGAUAAGUUCAUCAAGGGCUGUCAUAUUAGGGCAUCUUAACAUGAACUUUGAGAGGAAAAUUAAUGUGGAAGACCACGUAAUGAUAAAAAUAUAUGUCUGUAUAUGAGGAAGGGAAAAAGCAAAAAAGAGAAAGGAGGGGAGAGUUCUUCACAAAUUCAAAGGCCUUCUUUACACAAUGUAAAAUAUCAGACAACCUCAGGCUUUUUUUUUUUUUUUUUGGUUCUCUUUUAUUCUUUUGGAACUCUUCCUCUACGGUUCAAGUCUGAAAACCUCCUGUUCUUUGCCUUUUUUAUUUGGUUAAAAGAGAACUAAUAAAUGAGCACAAAAAUUAGUUUUUCA